UCAAAAGUUGAUUCACGAUGACGGAAAAAAGAGCAAGUGUGCUUUGGGCUAAUUGUGGCAAUGGUCUGAAGUCUAAGUUUAUUAUUAAGUACCUUAGUUCUUUAUUUGAUUAUUUUAAAUAAAUUGUUAGGUUGGUUGGAUCUAGGUCCAUAGUAGUUUUUCCAUAAUAUUUAAGUAUUAUUUUGAGAUAUUAUUAGCAUUCUGAUUUCUUUAACUUUCAUAACUUCGGCUUGGAGUAUUUUUUCCUUGGUUAUCAAUAAAGUUUAGUCUUUUGGUUUUCUUAAGUUCUUGAGCGGAGGAGGAUGACGCUAACAAAUACGCAACGCAUUAAAGCUUUGGACGAAGCCCUAUAGGAACUUCGAACAGGCAUGAAAACACAAUAAGAAAGAUUGUCGCACGUCGAAUUAAAGGUGGAUCGACAAGUGGAUACUCUUAAAACAGAACUUUCAGCAGUCAUGCGGGAUACGAUUCUUGGGUUGUUCCCGCAUGGGCCGCCCACCACAUCUAUUAGGGGCUCGGCGGCGCAGGGAGCUAUGGCGGGAGAAGGUGAGGCAGCGGAUUCGUCGACGAGGGCUGCCGGCAUCAGCAGGGCAGCACGUCUGUUUAAGGAUGUUGGAGGAACGUGGACUACUCCGACAACAGAUUUUAAGCUUAAGGAUGCGCAACUCCCUAGCUUUGAUGGCCACGACCCCUUGGGAUGGGUUGCGAAGGCCGAACAACACUUCGUAUUACACGGAGUCCCCGAGGAGAUUAAGGUUUGAUGAUCGAUUCAUAGGGAAUCCGUAUGAGAGGAUGGUAACGUUAAGGCAAACAUGUUCUGUUGAUGAAUAUGUUAAUUCAUUCACUCAACUUGCCACUCAGGCUCAACCAUUGACAAAAGCGCAGGCUUUAGGGUAUUAUUUAGGGGGCUUGAAACAAAUUAUCAGAAAUAAGUUAAGGGUAGUGGAGCCUCCGGAUCUCGAAUCUGCAAUCCGCUUAAGCAGAAGCAUUGAAUGGAAGUUGAAAAAUGGAUCUAUGGCAGAAUUUUACCUGCGAAAAACUCUUCGACAUUGCGAAGUAACCUGGUUGGGCGAGCUGAAAGCACUAUCUCCUCAAACACAGUUGGAGGGGUAGAGAACCGCCAUUCAACUAGCAAUAAUAUUGUGGGGGGCAAACAUCAGUCACUUCAACCCCUUCUUCAAAGGGAAGCACAAGAAAAUUAAGUCGAGACGAGUAUCGCGAGUGUCAAGAGAAGCAGCUUUGUUACAAGUGCAAACAAUCUAAUAGUCCACUCCACAAAUGCAAAAGUAAAUAUCUUAAUGUUGUGGUGAAGGAUAGGCAACUGGGUUGCAGAGUUAAGGGAGAUGAGAGAGAGCAAAUUUACUGAGGAGGCGGGACUUACCUUGGAAAGUGACCAACCGCCCAUGAGGAAACAACACAGGGGGCCCUUCCUUUAUACGCCUUGGCUGGAUUUUCAGGACCUCGAACUAUGCGUCUCUGUGGUAGUCUUUUUGGAUUUAGGGUAACGGUACUAAUCGACAGCGGUGCAAGCCAUAAUUUUAUUUCCCAAAACUUGGUUCUACAUGCAAAAUUGAACGUAGACACCCAGGAAUUCAACAUUGUACUAGGCGAUGGUCGCAAGGUGGCAAGUAUGGGAGUCUGCUUGAAAUUGAGUAUACAGAUCAAUGGAGCAAAAGUGCAGGCAGAUUGUCACGUAUUUCCUUUUGGUGGGGUGGAUAUAAUAUUGGGUGUCGCAUGGCUCAGGAUAUUAGGAAAAAAUUCAGAUAGAUUGGGAAGCCUUGGAGAUACAGUACUAUUUGGCGGGACAGCAGGUGACCUUGCACAGCUCGGCGUACAACCUGGAAACUGACGACCAAACUGAAGUCUUGAACCGCACACUAGAGACAUACCUUCGUUGUUUUUGCUCGGAACAACCCCGAAAAUCGGCAGCGUGCCUUCCAUGGGCUAAGUUAUGGUACAACACCUCCUUCUAAACUUACACUGCC